AUGAAGUGCGCAAUCACUGGCGCGUUGUCAUACAGCGGAAGGUACCUAGCAGCCUCACUCCUCUCCAAGGGCCAUGAUGUCGUCAAUUUAUCAAGACGCGGCGUGCCCAUAGCUCCAGAGCCUUUGAGCGCACCACAGGCGCGCGCAUUGGGAACGCAUCGCGUACGACUAGAUUUCAACGACGUCGACGCGAUGGCGCGGAGCCUCGAAGGUUGCGACGUGCUGUUCUCGACGUACUGGGUGCGGUUCGCCGACCGCGGCGGUGAGAGCCCCCACUCAAUAGCCGCGGCGAACUGCGCGCGGCUCUGGGAGGCCGCGAAACGAGCGGGCGUCCAGAAGAUAGUGAUGGCGUCGCACACGCGAACUUCUGUAGAUUCGCCGUUCCCGUACAUCGCCGGCAAAGCUAAAGCCGAGGCGGCGCUGCGGGACUCAGGCGUCAACUACGCGAUCGUGCGGCCGUGCGGCAUCUUUGGCGACUCCGCCCAGGAGUCCAUAUUGAUGAAUAAUGCGGCGUGGGUGUUGCGGCGGUCUCCGUUAUUCUUGUUGGCCGGCGACGGGAGCCACCGCUUCCAGCCGGUGCACGUGAGAGAUAUUGCGGCGCUGAUGGAAGAGUUGGGCACUUCUCUCAAAACGUCGGGGGAGGAGGUCGAUGCGUGCGGCCCCGACGCGCCGACGGCAAUGGAGUUGUUUACGAAGCUGCGCGACGCGUCCGGCGGCAUGGCUCGCAUCGCGGCCGCCGGACCGCUCCUCUCGACGGCGACCAUCACCGCACUCACAAAGCCAAUUGACUGGAUAACGGGUGACACGCUGCUGGACGCGGACGACCUGGACCUGCUCACGUCGGGCCUCACGGUGGCCGACGUUCCGGACGACCCGCGCAUCAAGGCUCGGAGGUCCCUCUUCGAGUGGAUCGAGGCCCAGGGCCGCGACCUCGGCCGGAGCUACGUGUCGUCGGUGGAGCGGUACUAUACCGUCGACACGCGUUGA